AUGGCGCCUCCAUCGGAACAGCCCGCCGAGCACAAGAAGGUCAACUUGACGGAUGCCUCUGGUGCUGAGGCUAAGGAUGUUUGUCUACCCUCCAAGCUCGCUACGAGAGUUGUCCCAAUCGACGAUGAUACUGACUACGGAAAACAGCAAGAUGAUACCGCGACCGCCAUCCUCAAGAAGAAGAAGAAGCCCAACCAGUUGAUGGUUACCGAUGCCGUGAACGAUGACAACUCCAUCAUCGCUCUGUCCGAGAACACCAUGGAGGCUCUGCAGCUCUUCCGCGGUGACACCGUACUUGUGCGCGGCAAGAAGAGGAAGGACACCGUCCUCAUCGUCCUUGCAGACGAUGAGCUCGAUGACGGCAGUGCUCGUAUCAACCGUGUCGUUCGCCACAACUUGAGGGUGAAGCACGGCGACAUGAUUACCAUUCACCCCUGCCCCGACAUCAAAUACGCCAAGCGCAUCGCCGUCCUGCCUAUUGCAGACACUGUUGAGGGUAUCACCGGAUCCCUCUUCGACGUUUUCCUCGCUCCCUACUUCCGCGAGGCCUACAGACCCGUCCGCCAGGGCGAUCUCUUCAUCGUUCGCGGUGGUAUGAGACAAGUAGAGUUCAAGGUCGUAGAGGUCGACCCUCCCGAGUACGGCAUUGUUGCCCAAGAUACAGUCAUCCACUGCGAGGGCGAGCCCAUCCAGCGCGACGAGGAGGAGAACAACCUGAACGAGGUUGGCUACGACGACAUUGGUGGUUGCAGGAAGCAGAUGGCUCAGAUCCGCGAAAUGGUUGAGCUGCCCCUGCGCCAUCCCCAGCUCUUCAAGUCUAUCGGUAUCAAGCCCCCUCGCGGUGUGCUUCUCUACGGUCCUCCCGGUACCGGUAAGACUCUGAUGGCACGAGCUGUUGCCAACGAGACCGGUGCCUUCUUCUUCCUGAUCAACGGUCCCGAGAUCAUGUCCAAGAUGGCCGGUGAGUCCGAGUCCAACUUGCGCAAGGCAUUUGAGGAGGCCGAGAAGAACUCUCCCGCAAUCAUCUUCAUUGAUGAAAUCGACUCUAUCGCGCCCAAGCGUGACAAGACUAACGGCGAGGUCGAGCGUCGCGUGGUCUCCCAGCUUCUCACCCUCAUGGACGGCAUGAAGGCUCGCUCCAACGUCGUUGUCAUGGCUGCCACCAACCGACCCAACUCCAUCGACCCUGCCCUGCGUCGUUUCGGUCGCUUCGAUCGUGAGGUCGAUAUCGGUAUUCCCGACCCCACUGGCCGUCUCGAGAUUCUUCAGAUUCACACCAAGAACAUGAAGCUUGGCGACGACGUCGACUUGGAGCAGAUCGCUGCUGAGACUCACGGUUAUGUCGGUUCUGAUGUGGCUGCUCUUUGCUCCGAAGCUGCCAUGCAGCAGAUUCGCGAGAAGAUGGACCUGAUUGACCUUGACGAGGACACGAUCGAUGCCGAGGUUCUCGACUCCCUUGGCGUCACCAUGGAGAACUUCCGCUUCGCUCUUGGCGUCUCCAACCCCUCCGCCCUGCGCGAGGUUGCCGUUGUCGAGGUUCCCAACGUUCGCUGGGAGGACAUUGGUGGUCUCGAGACUGUCAAGGCCGAGUUGCAAGAGAGCGUCCAAUACCCUGUCGACCACCCCGAGAAGUUCCUCAAGUUCGGUCUCUCCCCGUCCCGCGGUGUCUUGUUCUACGGACCCCCUGGUACUGGUAAGACGAUGUUGGCAAAGGCCGUUGCCAACGAGUGCUCUGCCAACUUCAUCUCCGUUAAGGGACCCGAACUUCUCAGCAUGUGGUUCGGUGAGUCUGAAAGCAACAUCCGAGACAUCUUCGACAAGGCCCGUGCUGCCGCCCCCUGCAUCGUCUUCUUGGACGAGUUGGAUUCCAUUGCCAAGGCUCGUGGCGGAUCCAUGGGUGACGCUGGCGGUGCCUCUGACCGUGUUGUCAACCAGCUUCUGACUGAGAUGGACGGUAUGACCUCGAAGAAGAAUGUCUUCGUUAUCGGUGCCACCAACAGACCUGAGCAGCUUGACCCUGCUCUGUGCCGUCCCGGCCGUCUGGACUCGCUCAUCUACGUUCCCCUGCCCGACCAGCCCGCUCGUGCCGGUAUCCUCAAGGCUCAGCUUCGCAAGACCCCCGUCGCUGCCGAUGUCGACCUCGACUUCAUCGCCUCCAAGACCCACGGCUUCUCCGGUGCCGACUUGGGCUUCAUCACUCAGCGUGCUGUCAAGCUUGCCAUCAAGGAGGCUAUCACUGCUGAUAUCGCUAAGACCAAGGCUCGCGAGGCUGCUGGCGAGGAGGCCAUGGAUGAGGAUGAGGAGGACCCCGUCCCCGAGCUCACCAAGCGCCACUUCGAGGAGGCUAUGCAGAUGGCCCGCCGUUCCGUCAGCGACGUCGAGAUUCGCCGGUACGAGGCCUUUGCCCAGCAAAUGAAGAACGCUGGUCCUGGCGCAUUCUUCAAGUUCCCCGAGGGCGAGAACGCGGCCAACCAGGCUGCCAACAACUUCGGUGACGCUGGUAACGAUGAUGAUCUCUACGACUAA